ACAAGACAAAGUCUUUUUGGGUUGCUCUGACCUGUCCACGUUGUCUCUGGAUGGCUCUGGGUGGAUAGUGAAGAGGGAUGUUCAAUCUAAUGGCCAAUUGCUGCAACUGGUUAAAACGGUGGCAGGAACCUGUCAGGAAGGUGACACUAAUAAUGGUGGGUCUUGAUAAUGCUGGUAAAACUGCUACAGUCCGAGGGAUUCAAGGAGAGUCUCCUGAAGACGUGGCCCCAACAGUUGGCUUUUCCAAAAUUGACCUUAAGCAGGGACGCUUUGAAGUGACAAUCUUUGAUUUGGGAGGUGGGAAACGGAUCCGGAAUAUCUGGAGGAACUACUACGCUGAGUCUUACGGGGUGAUCUUUGUGGUGGAUUCCAGUGACGUGGAAAGGAUGGAAGAAACAAAGCAAGCCAUGAUAGAAGUUUUGAACAGCCCUAAGAUAUCAGGGAAACCCGUGCUGGUGCUGGCAAACAAGCAGGACAGAGAAGGAGCUCUGUCAGAAGCAGAUGUGAUCGAGUCCUUGUCUCUGGAAAGGCUUGUCAAUGAACACAAGUGUCUCUGUCAAAUUGAACCUUGCUCAGCUAUCAUGGGCUAUGGGAAAAAAAUUGACAAAUCAAUCAAAAAGGGGUUAUUUUGGCUUCUACACAUCAUAGCCAAAGAUUUUGAUGCCUUAAAUGAGCGAAUCCAAAGAGACACCACAGAGCAAAAGNNNNCCCAAACCCAACCAAAAUCCACAAAUGCCCAAACCACUGAAACAACAACAUAAACCCACCAACGAUGCCAAAGGGAGAAGGAAGAAGGAGCUGGAGCUGAUGAGGAAGAGCCUGAGCCUGGGAAAUACCAGAACCCCUUCCAGCCUCUAUCUGCUGUAAUCUCUGAGAAUGAAAAACAAAUGGAAAAGGAAAAGAAGAGGCAAAGGUUGGAGACUGAACAGGCUACAAUUGUCCUGAAAGCACAAACAGAGCAGGACCAGGUGGAUGCCCAGCACUUGUCAAGGAGCAGCAGCCAAAACACAACUGAGAGCAGCCUAGAAAUGUGCAAUUCUGCAACUCCCCAGCUUGUGCAGCACUCGGAAGAGAAUGAUCAGCAAGCCUCGGAAUGCCUUGACUCAGAUAACAGCAAGAAAAAAAGUAAAAAACCAAAGUUAAAAAGGGGCCACAGAGUAGAACCUAUUAAUUCAGAGGAUUCUCUUCCCAAAAAUCCACCACCAGCAGCAGCACUUCCAGCAGUUGGCUGGGGAACUCCCAAACUUCCUAGACUUGGAAAACUUGAGCCCCUUGGGGAAACACAUCGUGCUGGUUUCUAUGGAAAGCCUCUGCCCCCGCUGAGUCUCCGCCAGAGACCCAACAGUGACACCCACGAUGUCAUUGCUUGACUGGAUCCCAAACAAACACAGUUUAAAACCACCAAACAAAACAAUUCCCUCAGAAACAUUUAUUUUUUUCUGUUGCCCUUGAAGGAAACAUUUUUCAAGUGACACUUUCUCAGCACGUUGCAGAAGAACUUGGUGACAAUUAAAUCUGGAGUUGGUUCUGUCCGACUGAGUUGAUCAGACUUUGUCGUUCCACGUCACCAGCGCUGCUUCAGCCUUCAGUGGCUGAAUAAAUCAAACAGGUCUGUGUGUCCAUGGCUGUUCAUGUGAACAUGGCAUUGAGGAUUUCCUUGUGAAAAUACAUAUCCCUAAACCUGAAGAAAACCAGCUUCAAGAUGACUGGAUUUGUACCUUCCCAUCGAGACCUUCCUCCAGGUGCUGUGCAGUUGUUGGUAUUUUUUUUUCCCAGCUGAUAAAUUAUUUUGUAAGAUUGGUUGUAUGAUAGGGUGACUCUAGAAAGGCUAAACAAAGAUUGAGUCUAUUUUUCUACCUUUUUAUUAAAUGAUUUGGCAGUCUGAGUGGGUCUGUGUUCCUGCUACCAAUCAAGGGAUACCUUGAAAGCAUUAGGAAGCUGAUGGUCAAGUUCAUACCAAUACAGGGUGUUUGACUCUUCCAGUAGCAGAGCCCCUUGAUUAGGGAUUGCACUACCAGAUGGAAUAUUUUAUAUUUCUGGCAACCUGAA